UGGAAAGUACAGUAAAAAGUAAGCUGCUCAGCAGAAGAUGGGAUCUGGCUUUUCAACUUACCGGCCCAAGGCAAUUUAUUUGGAUAUUGAUGGAAGAAUUCAAAAGGUGGUGUUUAGCAAAUAUUGCAGUUCCAGUGACAUCAUGGAUCUAGUUUGCAUCGCAACUGGUUUACCAAGGAAUACAACAAUAUCACUUUUGACCAUAGAUGAUGCUCUGGUUUCUAUUGAUCCAACAAUGCCAACAAAUUCAGAAAGCACUCCUUACAAAGUGAGACCUGUAGCCAUCAAACAAUUCUCUGAAAAAGAGGAGUUAUUCCAAAGUGUGUUGACACAGGUUGCUGAGCAGUUUUCAAGGGCUUUCAAAAUCAAUGAACUGAAAACUGAAGUUACUAAUCACUUGGCAAUGCUGGAGAAACGAUUUGAAUUGGAAGGACUGAAAGUGGUGGAGAUUGAAAAAUGCAAGAGUGACAUCAAAAAGAUGAGGGAAGAGAUGGCUGCAAGAAACAACAGGACAACCUGUCCCUGUAAGUAUGGUUUGUUGGAUAACAACAGGAAGUUGAUACCACAGAGAGAUAUCCCAGCCUAUCCAAAGUACAUGCUUUCUCAAGAGACUAUAGAAGCUCUCAAGAAGCCUACAUUUGAUGUCUGGCUCUGGGAGCCCAAUGAGAUGCUAAGCUGUUUAGAACACAUGUACCAUGAUCUUGGUCUAGUCAAAGAUUUUAAUAUCAACCCUAUCACGCUGAAGAAGUGGCUGCUUUGCAUCCAUGAUAACUAUAGAAACAACCCUUUUCAUAACUUUCGACACUGCUUCUGUGUGACCCAGAUGAUGUAUUGCAUGAUAUCUCUCUGCUUUCUCCAGGAAAAGUUUUCUCAAAUGGAUAUCUUAGUUCUAAUGACUGCAGCUAUCUGCCAUGAUCUGGAUCACCCAGGAUACAAUAAUACUUACCAGAUUAAUGCACGCACAGAGCUUGCAAUACGUUACAAUGAUAUUUCACCUCUGGAGAACCAUCACUGUGCAGUGGCUUUCCAGAUCAUUUCCCAGCCUGAAUGCAAUAUUUUCUCCAAUGUAACACCAGAAGAUUUCAAAAAGAUAAGGCAGGGGAUAAUUACAUUAAUCCUGGCCACUGACAUGGCAAGACAUGCAGAAAUUUUGGAUUCUUUUAAGGAAAAAAUGGAAAAUUUUGACUAUACAAAUGAGGAACAUAUGAUUUAUCUAAAGAUGAUAUUGAUAAAAUGCUGUGAUAUAUCCAAUGAAGUCAGACCAAUGGAAGUAGCAGAACCCUGGGUUGACUGUUUAUUAGAAGAAUAUUUUAUGCAGAGUGACAGAGAAAAAUCUGAAGGACUUCCAGUGGCACCUUUCAUGGACCGAGAUAAAGUGACCAAACCUACAGCCCAAAUUGGAUUCAUCAAGUUUGUUUUGAUCCCAAUGUUUGAAACAGUUACCAAGCUUUUUCCUAUGGUUGAAGAAUUGAUGCUUCAGCCUCUUUGGGAAUCUAAAAAUCGUUAUGAGGAAUUAAAAAAAAUAGAUGAUGCCAAGAAAAAGGCCAUUUAUGAGGAAGAUUAGAAGACUGUUUAACUCAGUUAUGGACUGGUCUAUUAUCUAUCUCGGGAUUCUUUAGCACAGAACAAAGAUGAUACUUCCUGAAGUCUUACCGGACCCUAUUUUCUAAGAACUGAAUUAUUAUUAAUGGAAAAAUUAAAAGAAGAGGGAAGGAAGAUGGCAAAGGAAAGGAGAACUGAAUUCAUCAUAGUCAAUAGAAUUUUAUUUUUAAACUGUCUUUUAAAUAACAUAUUCUUAUACAGAAAGAGGUACUGUUCUUACUUUGUACAUUUGUGUGUAAAAUAACUACUUUUGUUUCAAAAUAAACAGUUGUUGAAUAAACGUUUAAUGGAAAACAGGAAGCAUUUCUACUAUUCACAUAUGAAGAAAAGGAAAUUUAUACUUUUUUCUAGAACAUAUUUUAGAACAAUUGAUAGGUAUGAUGAGAUAUAUAUAUAUGAAACCUAGUUAUAAUAUUAAGACUUGGAAUGGUAUAUAUGUACAAGCAAAUAGAAUGCGCUUCUGAAAUGUUCAUGCAGUAAGACUGAGAUCCAUUUAUGUGUAUCAUGUGGACAUAUACGAUAUAAUGUCAGCCUAAACAAUAUAAAUUGUGUGUGAAUUGAUUCAGUAUCCUAUGAGUAUAUGUAAACAUGUAAAAUGAUUGUGAAUGAAAACAAAAAUAUACCCAUUUCCAGUGAAAUGAUGAUUUAAAUGUUUGCUUUAAAGAUUAGGGAGGGCAACAAUUUCAAGAAAUUUUGCAUUUGGGGAGGACAAAACUAUGGUUUUUGACUAGCUUCUUAUCAAAAUUAUCUGAUAAACUAUCACUUUAAAUGUUCUAGAAAUGUUUUGUAUAACAAGAUACCCAUAGAAGUUGAGGACAAAGCCUAUAAUUGUUUACAUUUCUGCUUUAAUUCUUUCUGGAAAAGAAUUAGACAUAUACUAAGCCAUAUGUUUUCCAACUUCAAGACUUUUUUUUAAAAUCUAGAUCUUUUUUUUAAUAAUAGUCAACAAUAUCUUCUAUGUGAAGUGAAAUUUGUCUCUAUGUAGUGAGGUUUUCCUUUCAAGAGGAUUCAUAAAACAGGAGUUGGAAUGAUUGAAAAACAUUUCUUUUUUUAAAAUAAAUUUUUAUUGAUCUUUUGGGAUUUUUUUUAUAUCACCACAAUUUUUUCCCAAUAUCUCUCCCACUUUCCCUUCCAUAGAGUUAUCCCAUAUAUAACAUACUAUUUUUUAAAAGCCAAAAAAGAAGAAAAAGAUGAAAAAUCUGCAUAACUGAUCAUUACAUUUUUAAAGUCUGAAAAUAUGUACAAUCUGCAAUGCCUGUGAACCUUCCAACUUUGCAAAGGAGUAGAGUGGGAAUAUCUUCUUAUAUCCCUUUGUUCCAGUUAUGCUUGUUCUUUCUAAUUUUGCAACAUGCCCUUUUUGUGUUUAUGGUUAUUUCUUUUUUUUAAUGUAUAUCAAUAUAAAAUAUUUUACCUUAUUUUUAUUGUUUUUUCUGGUUAUACAUGUAUAUUAAUUUUUAAUACACAUAUCUUUAUGAAUCCUGUUGAGAGAGAAAAAUCAGAACAAAAGGGGAAAACCAUGAGAUUAAAAAAAAAAAACAGAAGGGAAAAAAAUGAAGACACCAUAUGUUAAUUUACAUUCAGUCUCCAUAGUUCUCUCUCUGCAUGCAGAUGGCAUUUUCUAUCCAAAGUUUAUUGGGAUUGGCUUGGAUCACUGAACUGCUUAGAAGAACCAAGUCUUUCAUGGUUGAUCAUCUCACAAUCUUGCUAUUAUUACUGCUAAUGUAUUCCUAGUUCUGUUUGUUUUGUUCAGCAUCAGUUCUUGUAAAUCUUUCCAGGUCUUUCUAAAAUUAGCUUGUUCAUCAUUUUUUAUAAAACAAUAAUGUUCCAUUACUUUCAUAUACUAUAACUUAUUUAGCCAUUCCCCUAUUGAGGGCUGUCUACUCAUUUUUUCAUUCUUUUCCAGUUUGUGGUCAUCAUGUAUAUGGUUUUCUUGGGUCUGCUUACUUCAUUUUCCAUAGUGUAUAUAGAUCAUUCUAUGCUUUUCUACAUUCACCAAAUUUAUCAUUUCAUAGAAAACUAAUAUUCCAUUAUAUUUAUGCACCACAAUUUGUUUAGCCAUUCUUCAACUAAUGGGUAUUUAUUUUGUUUCCAAUUCCUUGCUAUUACAAAAAAUGAAGCCAUAAAUAUUUUGGACAUUUUUUUAAAUCAAUGACGUCUUCAGGGAAGAAAUUCCAACACUGGAACCAAUGGAUAUGGACAUUUCAGUAGCUUUAUUUGCUUAAUUUCUAAUGAUUUCAAAAAUGGCUAUACUGAUUCAUAGCUCCAUCAACAAUGAACUAAUGUGCAUAUCUUUCCACAAAUUCUCCAAGAUUGACUAUUCCCAUCUUUUGUCAUUUUUGUUAGCUUGUAAUGUUUGAAGUGAAUUUUUGGAUUGUUUUGAUUUACAUUUCUCUUAUUAGAUGUGUUUAUUAAUAGCCUGCAAUUCUUUUGAGAAAUGUUUGUUCAUAGACUACUUAUUUAUAGGGGAAUAGGUAAAAAAGUAUUUAAGUACUUAGUACUAAGAACUAUGUCUUCAUCAUGUGUUAAGUGCUGAUGACACAAAUAGAAAAUCGAAACAAUUCCUGAUCUCAUGAAGCUCACAUUCCAAUUAGGAAAGACAAUACAAAAGGAUUCUACUGCAGAUCUGACAGAAUGCACUGGUGAUAAACUUUAAGAGAUUUAGAGUCUGGGAAACUACCCAGAUAGUCUGGAGAGUUCAGAGAUCAUUUAGAGUAAUUUCCAGAUGAACCACAACUUCCCCUUGAGUCCUCUUUGAGAACAAAGGAUGAAUAGCAACAAAGGAUCAUUCUUCCUAUAUGUGACAUCACCACAGAUGAAGAACUCAAUUCAUCCUGUUGCAGCCCAUUCCAUUUUAAAUGUAGUUCAACAAAAAUUUGUUCCACUUUUGGAUUGUUCUAAUAAUUACCUAGUCUUUUUUCCUCAUAUUUUCCCUUAUAUAUAGUCUUAGUUUUACUCUCUACAAAACAAAAAAAAGAUCUAUUCCCACUUCUCUAAAACUUAUAGUGAACUUCCAGAAAAUCUCAACAUUGAAAACAGUUUAACAUUUAUCUAUAUUAUAACAAGCUUUGAUAAACAUUCAUUUUUCUUGUUUACUAUUUUCCAGUGAGUGAACAUAUAUUUCCUCAUGGUACAUAUUAUAGUGUUGCUGCUGCUUCUCAUUUUGAACUAGAAAAUUGUUCAUCAUUUCUUUAAUCCUUUUCUAUCUCAGUCUUCUUAUCUUCCCCACUAAUGUCAAAACAAACAGCAGAAUUGAAACCAGGCUUAUUGCAGUUAUUGACAUUUUUCAACCUUUUGCUCCCUCCUCUAUGACAGCUCAUAUGUCUCUCUGAGUAGGUCAAAGGGUACUUCAUAAAGUAUGUGGAAAUUCAGAUGCUUCUAAUUCCUGCCCUAACAGGUUCAAAAUUCUGAUUUAUUGCACAUACUUCCCCCUCACACACGCACUCACACACAUACACUAAUAUCCUGUUUUCUACCCCAUUUUCCUCUAUUCCUCAUUGUAGCUAGUAGGCGUUGUCACACUAUAGUUCUAAAAAGAGCAAGCAUCUGGCUUUUGGCUUUUCCUGAUACAGGGAGGGAAGGGGUAGAGUUGAAUUCUUUUGCAAGCCCUUUGUUCUUCUUGGGCAACCCUACAAGAAUAAUAUGUGUGGUGACGUGCUGAGUGAGCAAAAAAGGGAUCAGCUUUUUCUGCUGUCAAUCAGGUUGAUACCUUAUUAGGGUUCUUGAUUUCUUAUCUAUAAUUCUUACAUAUAAUUCCUAUUUCAGAGAUGCUUAAGGAGUGGAGAAUGUGUCUAGCUCAAAUGACUGCUUGUCUAACCCAUAAGAAUGUAAACUUCUUGCAAUGAUUGUUUCAAUCUUUACACAGUGCUCACACACAGAUACUUAAUUUUAAAAAAUAUGUUAAUUGAUUGAAAGAGGCCUCCAAAGAGAUGAAAAUGGAGGAAGGCUGUAAAUUUGGGAGUUCCCCUAUCAAGGUGGGCUUCUGUUAGUUGUCUGAAGGCACUAGGUAGCUAUGCCUAUCAGAUUAAACCAAUUUGUAAUAGGCUCUGGGAAAAACAACCAAAAUGGCUUCUUAGAAUUCCCUUUAGAGGAAUUCUGGAAAGGCCCCAUUUCUGAUAUGUGUCCAUGAUGUUUUCUUCUCUUCCCAGAAAUUCUGGGGAAGCAAAAAUUGUUUUCUCUCAACUCUGUUUAACUGCUGAUUUAUUGCUUUUCUCAUAGGUUUAGCGGGUUACUUCUGUGGCCUUGGCUGAAGUCAAAGAAAUCUUCCCAGAGAUUCAUUAUUUAAUAGUUAUUAGGAGCUACAUGGCAAAAAAAAAAAAUUCUAAUAAGUUUGAUCAUAGAAAUAAAUUCUGUUAUCAAUUCAAUACUUCCAGACUCUAAAACUUGCUCAAGUUCAAUGAACAAGGAGUUUUCAUUCAGUGACAUUUGUUCAGUACUUGAUAUUUUGGGGCAUCUUGAAUUUAGAAUAUACAUGAGCAGAAAAGUAUUGAUGGCUAGAAUAGGCCACAUCAUCCUGACACAACAUCGGGAUGUGUUGAAUUGCUCAAGCAUGGAUAACUCUAACACUAAGGAAGUUUUUCCAAGUCAAAAGAGACCUCUCUGAAAUUAAUCUACUGCUUCUACUUUUUUUGUAUUCAUGCAGUCAAAUAGGAUAGGUCUAAUACCUUUUCCAUUAAAAAAAAAGCCCUUUAAAACACUUUAAGGCAGUUAAAAUUCCUAUUUCUUCUGUUUCCAGGUUCAUUAUUUAACCACUUCUCAUAUGACAAAAUCAAGAGGCCCUCUGUGGUCUUUCCUAGCUACCAUAUUCUGGCUGAUGUUUCUUUUUAUCAAAAUCCUUCCUAAAAUGUGGUGCUACAUAGUACAACAGAUGUGUUGUGCAUAACCAUGUCUCCCAUUUUGAACUUCUGAGGUUGUUGGGGUUUUUUAUGUUACUCUUAUUACAAUUCUUCUUACAAUGUUACUCUUAUCUCUUAUUGAAUUUAAUUGUGUAACUCCCCCACUCAGGAAGGCUUGAAAGUACCAAAUGGACAGCCCUGUGACAAUACAUAGCUCUAGGGAGAUGUGACUUCUGAUUAGCUAAGAUCUUUCUGGAAGAGAGAAACAGAAAAGGGGAGAGAUGAAGUGAGGAAGGAGGCAUGGAACAAAAUCUAAAUGGUAGACAGCUGUAGAUAUGAGAGGAAGAGCCAGCACUCCAUUAUUUCCCCUUAAAGCCUGUAUCUCACAGAGUUCACAUAAGAGUGAACUAGUUAGGUGAAAUAAUUUUCUUACCAGUUGAAAUGAAAUUUCAUCUAACUCCUGAGUCAUAGAUCUAGCUUUCCUUUUUUGUAUUCUAUUGCCUAACCUAAUCUGUACAGCUUCCCCGAUUAAAGUUUUAUUUGCUUGCUCAAAUAAAAAAAAUGUAUUUUUGUUAUGCAUGACUCUCUUUUGUACAGGAUUUGUGUAAGUCUUUCCCAUUUGGUGGAAAAGAAGCUAAGGUAGUAGAGAUUAAGUCAGCUGUUAGCAGAGGAAUACUAGUAAAUGUUGUUUAGUAACUAGGUCUCUGAAAAUGCACAAGACAUUUUUAAGCUUAAUCUGCAUUGUUAAAAUUGUCUUUGUCACUUUCUUAAAUCUAAACAAUCCACAAAACACUAAAUCAAACUCUAUUAUGUAAGGCUUGCCAAUUUCCAAAAUGUAAAAACUCUCACUGAUUAACAAUUAGCUCUCUUGGACAUAUGUAAACUUCAGUACCUAGCUUCUUUUCCCAAUGAUCAGGGUCUUGAUGCUUUUAAAAAGGAUUGUAUCAUUCUUCCUUCCUCUCCCACAGAAGGCUUUCUGGCUUACAGAGCCUAGUGAAGGCAAAAUGAAUAACCAGAGUAGUAGCUCUGGGGAAGAAAGUCCUUGUAUCUGGCCCCUCAGGAGGGAAAUAAAAUUGUAUAAUAUUGCAAUCAUGGAGUCCAUGCUGAAUAGAUUGAAGAAUGCUAUUAGAAACAUAACAGUUGAUGUCAUCAACGCAAUAAUGCAAAAUUCAGUGAAAAAGAAGUUUGACAUUAGUUGACAUAUAGCUACAGGUGGCAAUGGGAUAGUUCAGAAAUUUUAAACAACAGAAAAAAGGUCAACCAAACAUGAAUGCUUGAGAAUUUGUACAAAGCCAGUAUGUGCAAGCUUAGUCAACAGUCGUGGUAACUGGGAAACAGAAGACAGUGUCUCCUGACAUUAAGGAUUAUAAACUUUAUGAUGUAGAAACAAUAUAUGGUUUGCUUCAAAUUUCCAAAGAAUUGCCAUUUUCACAUAAUAGUAUGAAAAUGGUUCAUAGAAACCUACUCUGGAAAAAUAUGCUGAAUAAAACUGGAACUGGAAACUAAUGGGCUUAAUUUAUAUAUUACCAACCAAUACAUCAGAAGACUGUUUCCUUGUAAUAAAUAGAAUUCAUAUUUGCCAUCAUUAUGCCUGCCAAAUUCUGAAUAUUUGGUUCCUGAAUACAUAUUUUCUGUGAAUUGUUAGCUUUAGGAAUGACUGUUUAUACUAUAUUUAAUUUUUUUUACAAAAUAUAUCUUUGAAGUCAACAAGCAAGACAUAUAUACACAUAUGUAUGUAUAUAUGUGUGUUUCAGUAGGCAAUUGAAUCAGCUAAUUCAUCUAGGAUCCAUUUCUCUAUAAAAUAUACCUGAGAAUUGACCAAAAGGGAAAAAAGAUAUAAAAGCUCACUAAAGAAAAUAAUUCCUUAAAAGUUAGAAUUAGGCAAGUAGAAGCUGACUCCAUGAGACAUAAAGAAACAAUAAACUAAUCAAAAAAAUGAAAAAAAUUAAAGAAAAUAUGGAAUGUCUCAUUGGAAAAAACCAUCAACCUGAGUAAUAGAUUUGGUGGAGACAAUUUAAGAAUUACUGGACUACCUAAAAAUCAUAAUCAAAAAAUAGUCCAGAUAUCAUAUUUCAAGAAAUUGCAGCCCCACAUAAAGAAUGAGAUUAUAAAUAAAUUAGAAGAACAUAGGAUUGUUUACUUCUCAGGAAGUAACUUCUUGUGUUAGGAGGAGGAGGGAAUUUGUGAGCAAAGAAGAACUAGAGACCAUUAUUAAUCACAAAAUAGAAAAUUUUUAUUAUAUUAAGUUAAAAGGCUUUUAUACAAAUAAAAUUAAUGCAGACAGGAUUAGAAGGGAAGCAAUAAACUGGGAAAACAUUUUUAUAGCUAAAGGUUCUGAUAAAGGCUUCAUCUCCAAAAUAUAUAGAGAAUUGACGCUAAUUUAUAAGAAAUCAAGCCAUUCUCCAAUUGAUAAAUAGUCAAAGGAUAUGAACAGACAAUUUUUGGAUGAAGAAAUUGAAACUAUUUCUAGUCAUAUGAAAAGGUGUUCCAAAUCAUUAUUGAGCAGAGAAAUGCAAAUUAAGACAACUCUGAGAUACCACUACAUACUUAUCAGAUUGGCUAAGAUGAUAGGAAAAGAUAAUGAUGAAUGUUGGAGGGGAUGUGGGAAAACUGGGACACUGAUGCAUUGUUGAUGGAGUUAUGAACGGAUCCAACCAUUCUGGAGAACAAUCUGGAACACAAAAAGUUAUCAAAUUGUGCAUACCCUUUGAUCCAGCAAUGUUACUACUGGGCUUAUAUCCCAAAGAAAUAUUAAAGAAGGGAAAGGGACCCAUAUGUGUAAAAAUGUUUGUGGCAGCCCUUUUCAUAGUGGCUAGAAACUGGAAAUUGAAUGGAUGCCUACCAAUUGGAGAAUAGUUGAAUAAAUUGUAGUAUAUGAAUGUUAUGGAAUAUUGAUCUUCUAAGUGAAAUGAGCAGAACCAGGAGAUCAUUAUACACUUCGACAACAAUACUAUAUGAGGAUCAAUUCUGAUGGACAUGGCUAUCUUCAACAAUGAGAGGAUCCAAAUCAGCUCCAAUUGAUCUGUAAUGAACAGAACCAGCUACACUCAAAGAAAGAACACUGGGAAAUGAGAAUGGACCACAAUAUAACAUUUCCACUCUUUCUGUUAUUGUUUGCUUGCAUUUUUGUUUAUUCUUCCCAGGUUAUUUUUUCCUUCUUUCUAAACCCAAUUUUUCUUGUGCAACAAGAUAACUGUAUAAAUAUGUAUACAUAUAUUGUAUUUAACAUGUAUGGGACUACCUGCCAUCUAGAGGAGGGAGUAGAGGGAAGGAGGGGAAAAGUUGAAACAGAAGUUUUUGCAAGGGUCAAAGUUGAAAAAUUAUCCAUGCAUAUGUUUUGUAUAUAAAAAGCUAUAAUAAAAAAUAUAAUAUAUAAUAUAUAAAAAUAAAAUAUAAAAUAAAAUACAAAAAUAUAAAAAAAUUUAAAAAGAAAUUACAGCCCCAAUAUCCUAGAAACAGAAGGCAAAAUAAAAAUUGAAGAAUAGACUGCUCUCCUCCUGAAGGAGAUCUCAAUAUAAAAACUCCCAGGAAAAAUUCUAAAUAAAUUCCAGAACUCCCAGAAACCAGUGCAAGAAGCUAGAAAGAAACCAUUCAAAUAUCAUGAAGUUGUAGUCAGGAUCUCACAAGAUUUAGAAGCUUUCCUCUGCUCUAGGAGAAAAAUGCUUAGAAUAUAAUAUUCCCAAAGGCAAAGGAAUCAGAAUUACAACUCAGAAUAAUCUACUCAGCAAAACAGGAAUCCUUCCUCCCAGCUUCUUCAGGGGGAAAAGCUGGAUAUUUAAUGGGGGAAACAAGCCUUUUAAAAAUUUCUGGUGAAUAAAACAACAAGCACUGAAUGGAAAAUAGGACAUUCAAAUACAAUACUCACGAGAAGUAUAAAAUGGCUUUGAGGUUAUACUGAUUGAGCUCUGUUCCUGGAGUAAGAAAGACAAGUUCAAAGGCAACUUCAGACACUGUGUGACUCUGGAUAAAUCACCUUACCUCUGCCUCUGUUUCAUUAAUUGUAAAAUGGGAACUAUAGUACUUACUUACGAGGUUGUUGUGAUGAUCAAAUGAGAUAUUUGUAAAGAAUCUGGCACAUGCUAGGUAAUAAAUGCUUGAUCACUUA